AUUCGGCCCUAAAUUAGUCACAUAACUACUCACAUAUGAAUGAUCUAAAUAACAACUACAUUUAAGUAUUGGGUAACGAAAAGUCCCAUUAAUUAUUAUUAUUCAUUAUUUCACUUCGAAUCGUUUGGCAGCGCUACAACAGUCCUCUCUGAGCUUUGGGCUAUCAUGUACGGCCUCGAUUUGGCGUGGAACAAUGGGUGCAGGACUCUGCAGGUGGAGACGAACUCCCAGUUAGCUAUCCAGUUGAUCAACUCUGAAAAUGACCUAAUUCACCCUUAUGCUACUAUCCUCUCCGCGAUCCGCAGGAAGUUUGGUCUGGACUGGUUGGUUCGCAUUACUCAUAUCUACAGGGAAGGGAAUAGAGUCGCGGACUAACUCUCGAAGCACAGUCUCGUCUAUCUCUACGGUAGAUAUGAGUUGGCGAGUCCGCCGAUGGGUGUUGGCCCAAUUCUUCAGGAUGACUCUAGAGGUGUGACCACUACUCGUAGGGUGAUUGCCCGUCCUCCUUCCCCUUCUCCUCCUCUCCUCGUGAAAUCUUCUCCCUUCUUGGUCUCGGCCUCCUGUUCACGAGAAAAAAAAUGAAUCGAGAAUUCAUUUCGAUGAAUUACUCUGUAGAAUUGAUUGUAAAAUGAAUUCUUGUGCUUGGUAUGACUUAUUCUAUUCCUUAGAAAUAAAAUGAAUUGAAUUCUCAAACCAUAUUUGGCAUACAUUCAUAAUUGAAUUAAACUAAAAGUUUCCAACUAUAUCCUUAUUAAUUUCCCAUAGAAAUAAUAUUCAUUGAAAAAUCCAUCUUCUAAAACACGAAAGUGACAAAGUUAUUAUCAAGCAUUUAGAAAUAGUAGAAGAGUUGGUUCCAUUGCCAUAUAGCAGGUUGCCGCUUAGCCCGUAUAAUGGAAUUUGGAGUCGCCUAGAAUGCCGAGUUUAAGAGAAACUACAUAUAUUAGGUGAACAUAUCGGCGAAAAGAGUAGGGUUAGGCAUGCAUAAUCUAUGUAUUACCUCUCUUAUAAGUAAUUUAGCUAAUAAAUAAGGAUAAUUAUGUCGUUCUAUUAUAAUCAGUGAAAUACUUGAGUUUGGUAUUCAUAUUUACUUAUAUAUUUUUAUAAAGGCCAUGACUAGGGCUGAGCAUCCUGUCCCGGUUUUCCGGUCGAACCGGAAACUGGGUAGUUUAAACCGCCCCGGUUCCAACCGAAAAUUGGAUUCCCAAACAUGCAAUCCAAUUGUCGGUAGCUAAUUGUCUGGGAAAAACUGGCCCAGUUUGGUCCGGUUUAAAACCAGAAAACUGUUUAAAAUCGAUUGAUAAAUUAAGCCCAGCCCAGACCUCAGCACACUAAUGACUAGCCCAUGGCCAUCCCUUGACUUGGCCCAUGUUUCACAAGCACCCUCGGCCAGGCCCGCGAUUCACCUCCCACUCCCAGCCUGCACUCGAUAGCCCACUCCAGACUCCACCAACUCAGUCAAACCCUAAUCGUAAUCGAUCUCCCCCCUCCAUUUGGCUGUAACUUCCUCCACCUCCCUAUCACCACUGUUGUGCCUUGUUUCUCUCCCUGACUCGCCCUCAAGAAGAUCUCCACCGUUUAGCUGCAGCGACGAUUGACCACUUACGGCGAAGCAAGGCGGAGGCGGCAUCGAUUUGCUCCCCUCCAUCUCCUCUCCGUUCACACCUUCGAGAUCUUCCUUCGCGUUCGAGGAUCAGUCGAGCUCCAUCUCUCGACGACGGUGACGACGCAGCAAAAGGCAAGCGACGCAGCAGUCAAUCUCCCGCCCCUCCCACCAUCCUCUCUCCGACGAAGCAAACGGCGAGCGACGAAGCUCUAUCCCUCGACCAAAACGGUUUUCCGAUCAAAACCGGACCAAACCGUAUUGUAUCUAAUCCGGUUUGAUUAAAACCGUGCACCAAUCCAAUCCCGUCUUCGGUCGUGUAUAUGUCCAAUCCGAUUUUAUAAAACCGGGUCAAUCCGGUCUGGUUUUAAUCAAAUUGGACCGUUUAGCAGCCCUAGCCAUGACCAUGAAAUUUGAGUUUCCAUGGAUCAAAAGCAUGGAAAAGUAGAAAAAAGUAGGAAAAAAACAUAAUGAAAGCGUCUUUUAAGU